UCACAGGAGCCUCUGGAUAAAGAUUCUCAGCCUCAGCAACAAGACUGUAGUAGAGAGGAUUACUGCUGAAUGGUAAAACAUGAAACAAAUGUGAUGAAGCAGUAUGGAGCUAAGGAGAGGAAAGACCUUCAUAAAAUCAAAUUUGCAACUGACUUCUGAGAAAGCGCCACUGGUGGAUGUGAUUCCUACAGACAAGAAUGAUCUAGAAAAAGACAAAAGGGUAGCAGUUGAGGGGAGCAAAAGCAAAGUGGUCCAACCAUCAAGUUUGGCCACACAGAAAAAUGACCGAUUUUCUAAUACAACAACAAGGAGCGGGGCUAGUGAAAACAUCUUAGCGCCAUCUGGGUCUUCCUACAAACUGGUAAGAAAGAGUAAAACCCAUGACUGUGUGAUAGGGGUAGACAAAACAGAACAAUGCAGCCACAGUGAUAAAGCUUACAAGGAGGGCUCUUCAGCUCCAGGAAGAAGUAAAGGGCGACUUGUCAAUAGCAUCAGCUUUUCUGGGGUGGGGAGCACCCUGAAUUCCAGUGGUAAGAAAGAGUCCGUGGUCAGCCCAAGCCAGUCCACUUGCAGCAGUCAGCAGAUGAUAGAUUAUAGAAACUUUGUGCCACAAAUGCCUUUUGUACCAGCUGUAGCAAAAAGCAUUCCUAGGAAGAGGAUUUCCCUUAAGAGGUCUAAAAAAGGGCUCAGGGAUAUAUUUCACAUGAAAAAAAAUAAACCAGAGAGCCUAACGCUGCUAGUUGAGAAGGGCAAGAGGCUGCCUUCUCCAGCAUGGAAGAGCGAGCUGUCAGGCAGGCUUGGGAAGUAUCUUUUCAAACCCAGAGAAACCUUUGCAGCUGACUGCUUGGCACAAGACCUCUCCGACAGCGAAAUGCAGUCUGACUCCUCCUAUGACUACUGCAAUGCUCUGUGUGAAGAUGUCGCUUCUCUGAAGAGCUUUGACUCUCUCACUGGAUGUGGGGAAAUCUUUGCAGAUGAGAGCUCUGCUCAUUUGGAGCUGGAGAGCAGCAAAGAAGUGCUGGUGAGGCGAUCCAAGCACAAAGAGAGCCCUGCCCUGGGGUCUUUUCAAGGGGGGGUGGAACAGCUGGCAUCCCCUGCCCAAAACGAAGCAGCUGACUUUGCGAAAUUUUGGGACAACAUCAACAAGUCAGUGCGAUUACAUCAGAGCACGUUAUUUGAUAGGAGGUUGUUGAAAGUACCCAGUCCUGACUUGGGAAAGACUAAACGUGAAGCUGCUGCUUCAAUGACUGACCUGCUGGUGUCACCUGAUAAAGAUCCUGACAGUUCCAAAGAAAGCUCUGUAGAUACAGGGACACCAAAAAGUGACCACCAAGAAUCCACCUCCACCAGCGAUGAAGGAUAUUAUGAUUCAUUCUCUCCUGGGCAGGAUGAUGAAACGAAGGAGGCUCAGACUCCUGGGGUUCCAGGUAGAUUUCCAAGAGACAGUUACAGUGGCGAUGCCCUUUAUGAACUAUUCUAUGAUCCUAAUGAAGCCAAAAUAAGCCCAGUCCUAGACGAUGAGCUGUGUAUAUCAGAAAGCAUUUCAGAACAGGCCAUUGAAAUCCCUUUGUCAAUUUACAGCUUUCAUGUGGGAGCGGAGGAGAAUAUGGCUUCACAGCCAGCUGUUGACAUCAUUAGCCAGGGGUUUCUUCACAGCACAUGGAAAGGUAAGGAAUGCUUGUUAAAGCUCUGUGAUACUGAACUUUCACUGACCAUGGGGAUAAUAAACUGGCUACGAAAAAACCCAGGGUUGGUUUCCCCCACAGACCCGAUUAGGAGUCCCGAAUUACAGCUGGAAAAAAGUGGCGAUCCAUUGGUCGCCUGUAGUCCCAGUCCAUGCCAGAGUGAGCACAUAGCAGCUGAGGAGGAAAAACAAACCAAGGGAGAAACUGAUAUUUCUAAUCCAAAGUCUUCUUUGGCUGAUGACAAUGACAUGGCCCAGACGUGUUUAGGGGGUGUGGCUGAAAAAGACCAAAGGGAGGUUUUGUGGCCUCACACAGCUAAUGGGGAUUCUCAGGUAAGCGAAGGAAACUGCCCUGAGGACUCAUGUGCUGUGUCUGGGCUUCAGGAAGCCAACAGCACAUCAGGUACUGUGCCAAGAUCACAAGCUAUUGGAGACACUUUAGGGACCUGUUUGUCUGAAAAAGAGAAGAUGCCAGUUUUAGGAGAAUGCAAGGGACCUGGAGAUAAAGCCCCAUUAAAAGGCGACCUGAACAUGGAGCCUGCUUGCCAGAGCUCUCAAAAUCCUUUGUUAAAUGAUAGCCAGGAAGUAGAAUCCUGUUAUUCUUAUAUGACUGCAGCAACUUCCCCAAUGGAUUCCCUAGAGACAGCAGAUGGCAAUAAAACAAUAUAUCAUUCCUUGUCUAUUUCCUGCGACAAGCCAAUGCAGCCUCUUACUCUGAGACAUUUUCAAAGCUACAUCAGCCCCACACAAAGGGAAAGCGACACUACUAUAGUGCAGCUUCUGGAACGUUGUGUUACUCAAGUUGCAUCCUUAAAAAUCAGCUAUGAAAACAAACAUCUGGAAGACAAAUGCAUCGGGAAUGAAAUGAACAACAUAAUUUGUAAGAUGUCUCAAUACAAAAACAAAAUAUUGUUGCAAAAUGAAUGCAACUGUAUCACCCAGAGUUUAGAAUACCCUGGUCUCCCUCACACAAACCAAGAUAAUUAUGAGACAAGCCUCAAAGCCAGUAAUCCAUAUCAGUUGAAACAAAAUAAGGAAUUAAUUUGCUCUAAAGAUCAGAAACACAGAACAAAUAUCCUAGAUCAUAUGAGUCAGGUCACCAGGAGUAAGAUAAAUUUUGAAUACGCCCAGCUAAAUAAUCAAGCCCUCUCUUACAUAAAAGACUUCAGAUUUGAACCAAGACCAAGUGACUCUAACAGCAUGACACCCCUUAGUAGGCCAACGUUUUUACCUCUCUUCAACUCCGUUUGCUCGGCUGUACCCAAUGAUUUUUCACAAGCCUGCUCAAACAGUUCACUGGACAAACCGUUGCAAAGUAAUGAAUCUAAGCAGUGCAGCACAACCUCAUGCAGUUACACAGAAGAAUACUACCAAGGACUUUCUGAAGGAGCAACUCUUCCUAAUAACCCAGAGCUGACUACCACAGACAGAGCAGUGACUGGCAAGAACCAUCAAUGACACCAGUGUAACAAGGUGCAACACUGAAGAAAUCAGUUGUAAAUAAUGAUGGCUUCCCACCUGUGUGUUUAAAUGAUGCAAGUCACAAUGAGGUCAAACUGGUGUCAUAAGCAACAAGGAUUUCGCCCCAAGGGACCCAGUGGAGAUCCUACAGGGAAAAAAUCAUCCUACUCUGUCAUCUUAUUAACAAAUAUUGUUGGAGCUUAUGACACACAUCCUUGAAUCCAGGUUUGCAAAUGGGCAAUAAACAUGGUCCAUUUUUAAAUUGCAAUGAAAUUAUGGUGAAAGUUGUUCCAUGACAUGAAUGAGUAAUGAAAUGAAUAUCUUUUGUCAUAUUGCACCAUAUGAUGAAGUCUUUCAGGCAACAAAAAAUGCCAGUAUGUUUUUUUUUUAAAAUGCAAAUAUGUGCCGAAUAAGCAUUUACUUGGUUUAGAUAAUUUUCAUUCUUUUAGAUAAUGUAAAUAUUGUGAAUUUCUACUGAACUUCACAGAAGUGCUUAAUUUUAUUGUAAUAGUUUAAUCAUCUUAAACUUGAUCAUGCAGACUACGUUUGUAUGCUGAGAUUUACCACUUGGUUUAAAACUUUUUGUAAAUAUGGAGAUAAAAAUAACAGGAAGUAUAAAAUGGUCUAUAUUCUCCAAAGAAAUUUGUUUACCGUGUAUCCUAGUUAUAGAGGGUUGUGUUUGAGAAUGACUAUUAACAAGCUGUUACUUGUUCUGUUUUAAGGUAAGAAAAACACCCUGUUUAAGUGUGAAACUGUGGUUUUAUUUAAUCCCAGAAAGUCUUAUUUUUCUAAUUUAGAAUCCAGUUAGAUAUACCAUUAACCUCACUUUCAUUUUCUGCGAAGAAGCCUCUCAAAGUGGUUUAACUCAAGAGCCAUUAUUUUCAAGACAGUUCUAACUUGUUCUUAAUUGCAAGCUGUCACAUACUGGAAGGCCUUAGGAUUAUACUGGAUUGAAACUGGAUACAUAAAAGUUCUAUGGCCUGUAGAUUGGACUGGUGAUCUAAUGGUCCCUUCUGGCCUUACAAUCUAUGAAAAGAACAUUAGCUCAUCUAGUCCGAUAUCCUGCCUCAAAUAGGGUUUGACAUCUGAUGCUUUGUGGAAGGAAAAAAAAAAAAUCAUCCAUAAUGUAUGCAAUUAUAUGUUGUAAUAUGGGGUGGAGAAUGAGGUGAGGGAAGAGGAUUCUUUCCUGACUUCCACAAGCAGUCAUUUUACACCUUGAAGCAUGACAUGUGGUUACCCUUUGCUUGGACAUUUGCAGCUGUUAGUCAAGUACUGUAGAUAGAUUUUUAAGAGUGGAUAAUGUAGUGACUAUUAUCUAAAUUUUGCUGAAUCGGUACAAAAAUAACAUAAUGCACUGAGAUCACAGACCUGUGAAAUGAAAUUCAGAGAUAGCAUGUGGUUUCAAAAUGGUCUCUCAUGGAUAGUGAUGAAGUAAAACCCACCCACUAGGGUCACCAAGGUUUCCAGUACAGGUCAUCUUCAGGAUGAAAGCAUUUGCCACAAAGAACCUGUCCUCUACAGUGUAGAGGAACAUUUGUGACCGUCCUUUGCUGCUGAGAUAUAGGUAAGGUUGGGCUGCUAAGAAUUUAUCAUUUAGAAUGUAAAAAGUCUAAAAUCACAAAUAAUUAAUCACAUAGGCAUCCCUUCAGCAAUGCUAAAGUGACACACUAUUUGUGGGCUAAUCAAAUAAUAAUAAACAUAUGGCUCAACAGAAGAGGUUGUGUAAGAACCUGUUCUUCUUCACAAAACUGAUCUCUUCUCUUUUAGAAUUAUUCAACUGACCUCUUAUCUUCACUUUAUUUCCAAACUGUCCUUGCAAUACUGAUGGCCAAUGAGCGCACAAGGCCAGAAUUUCUCCACAAAGUGACCAUACUGUAACUAGAAUUAAUAAAAGUACAUAAUACCAGCUUGCUCUUAUGCAGCACAUUCAUCCAUACCUCUCCCAGUGCUUUACAAAGGAGGUCAGUAUCAUUAUCCCCAUUUUACAGAUGGGUAAACU